AAACAGAAGCUCAGCAUAUGGGACAAGAUGAAGUUCGGAGCAAGAUUUUUAGCGCUUUUUAGCUUCAUCUGUGGGUCUGCAAGUGGAAUUCCAUGUGGUGAAACUCUGACUCAGUCACAAGGGGAAUUUUUCAGUCCCGGUUACCCCAAUAAUUAUCCCAAUUACGCAAACUGCACAUGGAGCCUGCUGGCUGGAGAACUGCAGGUGGUAUCGUUAAACUUCACGUUCGUCGAUUUGGAGUCAGGCUGGGACUUUAUCCGCGUGUACGACGGUCCGACUGCUCAGCAUUCACUUUUGGGUUCUGUGACUGGAAAUCAGAGAGCUACCUUCAACUCCAGCAGCAGAUACAUGACCGUCGUUUUCUCCAGUGAUGUCUCCGUGACUCAAAAAGGCUUUCAAGCAAAAUGGGCUUUCAUAGGUGGAGUUCCAUGUGGUGGAACUCUGACUCAGUCACGAGGGGAAUUUUUCAGCCCCAGUUAUCCCAAUAAUUAUCCCAAUUACGCAAACUGCACAUGGAGCCUGCUGGCUGGAGAACUGCAGGUGGUUUCGUUAAACUUCACGUUUGUCGAUCUGGAGUCAUGCUGUGACUUUAUCCGCGUGUACGAUGGUCCGACUGCUCAGCAUUCACUUUUGGGUUCUGUGACUGGAAAUCAGAGAGCUACCUUCAACUCCAGCAGCAGAUACAUGACCGUCGUUUUCUCCACUGACCGCAGCGUGACUCGACAAGGUUUUCAAGCAGAAUGGACUUUCAUAGGUGGAGUUCCAUGUGGUAGAGAUCUGACCCAGUCACGAGGGGAGUUUUUCAGCCCCAAUUAUCCCAAUGAUUAUCCUAAUGAUGUCCAUUGUGUAUGGAGGCUACAGAGUCCCAGUUGGCAGAUUGUUUCACUAAACUUCACAUUUGUUAAAUUGGAAAUGGACUGGGAUUUCAUCACUGUGUAUGAUGGGCCAACUGAUCAGGGUCCACCUUUGGGCAUUGUGACUGGAAAUCAGGGAAAUUCAUUCAGUUCCAGCAGCAGAUACAUGACGGUUGUUUUCCACAGUGAUUCCUCAUGGACAGAAAAUGGCUUUCGAGCAGAAUGGCGUUUCUUAGAUUCGUCACAGACGGGUCAAACAGAAGGGUUAAAAACAACAUCAGAUGAAGCUCCAUGUGGUGGAAAUCUGACACAAUCACAAGGAGAAUUCUUCAGCCCCAACUUCCCGCAUAAUUAUCCCAAUAAUGCUAAGUGCACAUGGAGGCUGCAGGGUCCUGAGCAGCAGGUGGUUUCAUUAACCUUCACAUUUGUUGAUUUGGAGUCAACCUGGGACUCAGUACAUGUGUAUGAUGGUCCGACUAAUGAGGAUCCACAAUUGGGUGCUGUGACUGCAAAUCAGACGAAGUCAUUCAACUCCAGCAGCAGAUACAUGACCGUCGUUUUCUCCACUGACCGCAGCAUGACUCAACAAGGCUUUCGGGCAGAAUGGACUUUCAUAGGUGGAGCUCCAUGUGGUGGAACUCUGACCCAGUCACGAGGGGAAUUUUUCAGUCCCAGUUAUCCCAAUAAUUAUCCCAAUUACGCAAACUGCACAUGGAGCCUGCUGGCUGGAGAACUGCAGGUGGUUUCCUUAAAGUUCACGUUCGUCAAUUUGGAGUCAUGCUGUGACUUUAUCCGCGUGUACGACGGCCUGACUGCUCAGCAUUCACGUUUGGGUUCUGUGACUGGAAAUCAGAGAGCUACCUUCAACUCCAGCAGCAGAUACAUGACUGUCGUUUUCUCUACUGACGGCAGUGUGACUGGACAAGGUUUUCGAGCAGAAUGGACUUUCAUAGAUUCCCCAUCCUGCAGGUAUAACUGUGGUAACAAUCUCAGUGUGUGUUCCUGCACCAGCGACUGUCAGGACAACAGAAGCUGCUGUUAUGAUUAUAAUGAGUACUGUUCCACAACUGUCCCUGAAACAACAACACCAUCAUCAGGUGGAGCUCCAUGUGGUGGAACUCUGACUCAGUCACGAGGGGAAUUUUUCAGUCCCAGUUAUCCCAAUAAUUAUCCCAAUUACGCAAACUGCACAUGGAGCCUGCUGGCUGGAGAACUGCAGGUGGUGUCGUUAAACUUCACGUCCGUCAAUUUGGAGUCAUGCUGUGACUUUAUCCGCGUGUACGACGGCCUGAAUGCUCAGCAUUCACGUUUGGGUUCUGUGACUGGAAAUCAGAGAGCUACCUUCAACUCCAGCAGCAGAUACAUGACCGUCGUUUUCUCUACUGACGGCAGUGUGACUGGACAAGGUUUUCGAGCAGAAUGGACUUUCAUAGAUUCCCCAUCCUGCAGGUAUAACUGUGGUAACAAUCUCAGUGUGUGUUCCUGCACCAGCGACUGUCAGGACAACAGAAGCUGCUGUUAUGAUUAUAAUGAGUACUGUUCCACAACUGUCCCUGAAACAACAACACCAUCAUCAGGUGGAGCUCCAUGUGGUGGAACUCUGACUCAGUCACGAGGGGAAUUUUUCAGUCCCAGUUAUCCCAAUAAUUAUCCCAAUUACGCAAACUGCACAUGGAGCCUGCUGGCUGGAGAACUGCAGGUGGUGUCGUUAAACUUCACGUCCGUCAAUUUGGAGUCAUGCUGUGACUUUAUCCGCGUGUACGACGGCCUGAAUGCUCAACAUUCACGGUUGGGUUCUGUGACUGGAAAUCAGAGAGCUACCUUCAACUCCAGCAGCAGAUACAUGACCGUCGUUUUCUCUACUGACGGCAGUGUGACUGGACAAGGUUUUCGAGCAGAAUGGACUUUCAUAGAUUCCCCAUCCUGCAGGUAUAACUGUGGUAACAAUCUCAGUGUGUGUUCCUGCACCAGCGACUGUCAGGACAACAGAAGCUGCUGUUAUGAUUAUAAUGAGUACUGUUCCACAACUGUCCCUGAAACAACAACACCAUCAUCAGGUGGAGCUCCAUGUGGUGGAACUCUGACUCAGUCACGAGGGGAAUUUUUCAGUCCCAGUUAUCCCAAUAAUUAUCCCAAUUACGCAAACUGCACAUGGAGCCUGCUGGCUGGAGAACUGCAGGUGGUGUCGUUAAACUUCACGUCCGUCAAUUUGGAGUCAUGCUGUGACUUUAUCCGCGUGUACGACGGCCUGAAUGCUCAACAUUCACGGUUGGGUUCUGUGACUGGAAAUCAGAGAGCUACCUUCAACUCCAGCAGCAGAUACAUGACCGUCGUUUUCUCUACUGACGGCAGUGUGACUGGACAAGGUUUUCGAGCAGAAUGGACUUUCAUAGAUUCCCCAUCCUGCAGGUAUAACUGUGGUAACAAUCUCAGUGUGUGUUCCUGCACCAGCGACUGUCAGGACAACAGAAGCUGCUGUUAUGAUUAUAAUGAGUACUGUUCCACAACUGUCCCUGAAACAACAACACCAUCAUCAGGGGAUGUUCCAUGUGGUGGAACUCUGACUCAGUCACGAGGGGAAUUUUUCAGCCCCAAUUAUCCCAAUGAUUAUCCCAAUUAUGCACACUGCACAUGGAGCCUGCUGGCUGGAGAACUGCAGGUGGUUUCGUUAAACUUCACGUUCGUCAAUUUGGAGUCAUGCUGUGACUUUAUCCGCGUGUACGACGGCCUGACUGCUCAGCAUUCACCUUUGGUUUCUGUGACUGGAAAUCAGAGAGCUACCUUCAACUCCAGCAGCAGAUACAUGACCGUCGUUUUCUCCAGUGACAGCAGCGUGACUGGACAAGGUUUUCGAGCAGAAUGGACUUUCAUAGAUGGACCUCCAUGUGGUGGAGACCUGACUCAGACACAAGGGGAAUUUUUCAGCCCAAAUUUCCCCAAUGCAUAUCCAAAUGAUACAAAUUGCAUAUGGAGGCUCCUGAGCCCUGAGCAGCAGGUGGUGUCAUUAACCAUCGUGUCUGUUGAUAUCGAGUUCUGCCCCGACUGUGGCUGUGAUGCUGUAUACGUGUACGACGGCCCGUCUUCUUCAUCUCCGUUAUUGGGAACUGUAUGUGGACAUGGAAGGAAGACCUUCAGCUCAAGCAGGAACACUCUAACUGUGGUUUUCUCCAGCGAUAGCUCUAUUAACGGGAUAGGAUUCGUUGCACACUGGAACACAGUUCUAUGUGGUGGAAUUCUGACUCAGUCACGAGGGGAAUUUUUCAGUCCCAGUUAUCCCAAUAAUUAUCCCAAUUACGCAAACUGCACAUGGAGCCUGCUGGCUGGAGAACUGCAGGUGGUUUUGUUAAACUUCACAUUCAUCGAUUUGGAGUCAUGCUGUGACUUUAUCCGCGUGUAUGACGGCCCGACUGCUCAGCAUUCCCUUUUGGGUUCUGUGACUGGAAAUCAGAGUGCUACCUUCAACUCCACCAGCAGAUACAUGACCGUCGUUUUCUCUAGUGAUUUCUCCAGGACUCGUCAAGGUUUUCGAGCAGAAUGGACUUUCAUAGAUGGACCUCCAUGUGGUGGAGACCUGACUCAGACACAAGGGGAAUUUUUCAGCCCAAAUUUCCCCGAUGAAUAUCCAGAAGAUACAAAUUGCAUAUGGAGGCUCCUGAGCCCUGAGCAGCAGGUGGUGUCGUUAACUUUCGUGUCUGUUGAUAUCGAGUUCUGCCCCGACUGUGGCUGUGACGCUGUAUACGUGUACGACGGCCCGUCUUCUUCAUCUCCGUUAUUGGGAACUGUAUGUGGACAUGGAAGGAAGACCUUCAGCUCAAGCAGGAACACUCUAACUGUGGUUUUCUCCAGCGAUAGCUCUUUUGACGGGAGAGGAUUCAUCGCACACUGGAACUUUACAGAUUCCCCAUCCUGCAGGUAUAACUGUGGUAACAAUCUCAGUGUGUGUUCCUGCACCAGCGACUGUCAGGACAACAGAAACUGCUGUUAUGAUAAUAAUGAGUACUGUUCCACAACUGUCCCUGAAACAACACCACCAUCUUCAGAUUCUGGCACAACAACAGGAACAUGGGAAUCAACAGAAUAUUGUACAGACAGAGAUGAUCUUGAAGGUGGAGUUGUGUGUGGUGAAGAUCUGACUCAGUCGAAAGGGGAAUUUUUCAGCCCCAAUUAUCCCAAUAGUUAUCCAGAGGCAGAGUGCACAUGGAGACUCCUUGCUUCUGAGCAGCAGUUGGUUAUGCUAAACUUCACAUUUGUUAAUGUGAAGUGGUGGUUGGACCUGAUCCAUGUGUAUGAUGGCCCAAGUGACGAGUAUCCACUUUUGGACAUUCUGACUGGAAAUCGUAGAAAUGCUUUCAAUUCCAGCGGCAGAUACAUGACAGUCACUUUCUCCAGCUAUGAAAGCAUGGUUUACAAAGGGUUUCAUGCAGAAUGGAAUUUCCUGGAGAACCCAUCCUGCAGGUGUAACUGUGGCUACAACCUCAGUGUGUGCUCCUGCACCAGUGACUGUCGGGACAACAGAAACUGCUGCUAUGAUUAUGAUGAUUAUUGUUCCAGUUCAACAACAACACCAGUCUACUGUUUCACUACAACUGGUGCAGAGACAACACCACCAACAGUGUCUGGCACAACAGAAGAAACCACAGCAACAACAACAGAAAAAGAAACAACAGCAGAAGAAACAACACCAGAAUAUUGUACAGACAGAGAUGAUCUUGAAGGUGGAGUUGUGUGUGGUGAAGAUCUGACUCAGUCGAAAGGGGAAUUUUUCAGCCCCAAUUAUCCCAAUAGUUAUCCAGAGGCAGAGUGCACAUGGAGACUCCUUGCUUCUGAGCAGCAGUUGGUUAUGCUAAACUUCACAUUUGUUAAUGUGAAGUGGUGGUUGGACCUGAUCCAUGUGUAUGAUGGCCCAAGUGACGAGUAUCCACUUUUGGACAUUCUGACUGGAAAUCGUAGAAAUGCUUUCAAUUCCAGCGGCAGAUACAUGACAGUCACUUUCUCCAGCUAUGAAAGCAUGGUUUACAAAGGGUUUCAUGCAGAAUGGAAUUUCCUGGAGAACCCAUCCUGCAGGUGUAACUGUGGCUACAACCUCAGUGUGUGCUCCUGCACCAGUGACUGUCGGGACAACAGAAACUGCUGCUAUGAUUAUGAUGAUUAUUGUUCCAGUUCAGCAACAACACCAGUCUACUGUUUCACUACAACUGGUGCAGAGACAACAACACCAACAGAGUCUGGCACAACAGAAGAAACCACAACAACAACAACAACAGAAAAAGAAACAACAGCAGAAGAAACAACACCUGUGUCUGGCACAACAGAAGAAUUAACGACAGAAAAAACAACAGCAGAAACAACACCAGAUACUGAAACAACAAAAACUACACCAAGAAAAGAGACGGACACAACAACAACUACUACAAAGAAAAAAGAUGAAGACAAAAACAAUGAAAAAGAUCUUCAACCAAGUCAGGGGACUUUUUCCUUCACUCUACCCAUCCUCCCCUUUCUACUUCUUCUCCCCCUUCUGCCUAUUUCCCCCUUUGCCUCCCUUGUCUCCGCUCUCUCCCUUCUGUUAAUUUUCACCGUUCCUUUCUUUAACCGUACUCCGACCCUCCCCACCCCAACGCUGGCUCUUACACCACCAAUCAAAACCACUCCCCUCAUGAUUACAUGGUCAAUGGAGAGGACAAACCCCGAGACACAAAAACCAGAUACUGAUCCAACACAACUUCCACAAACAGCAGGAAUCCGGGAAACAACAGCAGAUACUAAUCAAACACAAACUCCACAAACAGAAACAGGAACCUGGGAAACAACAGCAGGUGGAGUUUUAAUGUUGAAAUUGUUUUUGGUUUUUUAUCAAACAGCAAAAAUGUAUAAUUCUAGUUGUUAAAAUUGUUUAAUUACAUUAGAUAUGUGUUCAAAUUGAGUUUAGUUUAAUGUAUAUUGUUUAUAUAAAUCUUUAAUUGUAAUGUGAUUACAGUAGAAUGUCUUAAAAGUUGCAUACUCU